CGUGUUAAGUUUAAGUGUUAAGCAGUAGCCAUGUUGUUGUUCUAUAAUUAAUUUCCCUUUGAGUUUAUUUUGAAACGGCAAAACACUUGAAAUGUUGAUUUUAAAAUAAACAAUCAAUUCAGCAGAAUUGUGGAUUGCAUCACGUCGGUUGUGAUGGCGAUAAACAGCGACGAAAUAAACUUCCUUGUGUAUAGAUACCUGCAAGAGUCAGGAUUUCCUCACUCAGCCUUCAGCUUUGGAAUUGAAAGCAACUCAGUACAUUCUAGUAUUGAUGGUGUGUCAGUUCCAUCUGGUGCUUUGGUAUCGGUUAUACAAAAGGGAGUACAGUUUGUUGAGGCAGAAGCAUGCUUUGGAGAGGAUGGCACAUUUUUUGGCGAAGGAGAACUGUCUUUGAUUGAUGCUGUGAAACCAUCGGCCAUAUCAGACCUACAUGCAAGAGCUUUGAGACAUUUAGAAGAAAAGGCAAAAGAUACGUUAAGUUAUGUUGAUGUGACUACUGGUCCGGAGUUUCCUUCUUCAAAAGUUACAAAUUUGGAAGGACAUAAGUCUGAGGUCUGCUUGUGCAGUUGGAAUCCACACUUUGAUAUUUUGGCAUCAGGUGCUGGAGAUUCAACUGUGCGUCUAUGGCCUUUUAAGAAUACGGACGAAACGAAAGAUGUGACGUCAUUAGUUUUGAGCCCGGAAGAUAAGAAUACUGUUUCCAAUGGUCUCGCUUCAGGGAAAGAUGUCACGGCACUCGAAUGGAAUAAUGAUGGCACUUUACUUGCUACGGGUUUCUACAACGGUGAUGUGAAGAUUUGGAAUAACGAAGGUAAAGAUGUUGCCUUGUUCAAAGAACACAAAGGACUCGUAUUUUGCGUCAAGUGGAAUGAUAAGAGCAGUUAUCUUGUUACCUCCGCCAUUGAUCAGAUCUGUAUAGUUUGGGAGACGGCGACAUGGCAGAUGAAGCAGCAGUUUUCGUUGCACAAAGGACCGGCUCUAGAUAUCGACUGGCAAAACUCGAAUGUAUUCGCGUCCUGUUCAACGGACAAGGCUAUUCAUGUUUGCAAAGUUGGAGCAGAGAAGCCAUUGAAAACAUUUGAAGGUCAUACGGGAGAAAUCAAUGUAAUCAGAUGGGAUCCUUCCGGAAGCUUGCUGGCAUCCUGUUCUGACGACGGUACAACUAAGAUUUGGAGCAUGAAGAGCGACAAGCCACUACAUACUUAUCAAAAUGAUGCGAAAUAUCAGGUUUUUACCUUGGAAUGGAGCCCAAGUGGACCAGGACGUGCGACUCCCUCGGCUUUGGCAACAGCUUCUCUCGACGGCGUUGUCCGUAUAUAUGAAACGGAAAGCGAUAAGUGUUCAUGUACCCUUGUUGGACACAGAGAGCCAGUGUAUGCAAUCUCUUUCAGUCCCAAUGCAAGAUUUAUAGCCACUGGAUCCAACGAUCGAUGUCUCAAUAUUUGGUCCACACAGAACGGGUCGUUAGUGUACACGUAUCACGCAUCGGGACCAAUAUUUCAGCUAGAGUGGAGUCCACGAGGCGACAAACUGGCUGCAUGCGUCUCCGAUAACACGCUCAAAGUCCUGGAUGUUCAAAAUUUAUGAUUCUCUAAUGUCAACCGCGGAGAUCUUUUUUAACAAAAAGUACUGCAUUUAAGUGGAAAACAAGAGUUUUUGCUUGAAGGGACAUGUGCUGACAUCAAGUACGCAUUCAAGAAGCUCAGAAAGUCAAAAAAAGAAAAGAUCCUCUCUGUAUAUAUUCGCUGAAGGAAAUAGGGCAUUAGCUUUUUUUAAAGUUCAAGUUUUUUUGUUAUUGUCAACCAUUUUUCCAGCGCCUUUGGCAUCACUAUGGACACGAAAUUAGAAUGCUCACUGGCGUAUAGGACGUUUAUUUUAUCAUGAUGUUACCAGGCCAAUGACGUUUUUAAGUUAAGAUGUCCAACAAUUAUGAAUGAUGCAAAUGGCCGCCCAAGUGCAAGACCUAACGUAAUGUAAAUAUAGGUGUCAGAAUUGCAAGGCCAUAUUCCCGUACAUGUUACACAUCUAGCUUUAAGCGAAUACCGACUGUUUUGCGUCUUCUUUUUUGUACACACCAACUUUGUAAGAAAGUCGUUUAUUAUAUCAACUGUACCGAUGAAA